AACUGUACAGACGCCAUGUCUACUACUUACAGUGACGACGAGGACGGCAGAGGGUUCUCCGAUUCCGGGACACAGACUCUUCCAAGGAUGUCUGGCGGCUCCGAGAACACAUCAAGUAGCGCCGGACAGCCGCCAACUAAGAAAAAACGGACGAAAAGCACGAGUGAUGCAGCAGACGAGAAGACUACGGCGGGUCCCCCAUUCUUGUCUCGUAUCCUACCGCAACUACAUCGGCGAUCUAACGACAGCCAGCCAAAGGCUAUUGAAGACGAUGACUACGCUGCAGAAGACGAAGGCGACAAUGUUGAGUCAGCACUCCCCCCGAGCAGCAGCGCCCCCGUGCGACCUAAGCCAGCACCGCGCAGGGGACACAUCGACGACUGAGAGUCACAAUGACACGAAGAUCUUUGUACAUAGACAUAUCAUUCAUGGUAUGGCUGCUGAACUUACUGUUGUGCUCUUGCUAUUGUGUCCAGAAAUCUGAAGAUGAAGCAUAGUUUGCUUAAUGUAGAAUAGUGCAUUUCUCGAUAUGGCCAGUAUAUCAACUAGAAAGGCCGACAUUUGCUUAAGAGCAAAUACAGCAUAUUUCAGCCAUACCCCUUCCCACGCAACAUUGG